GAGCCAAUUGUGGCCAUGCUGGGCACUGACACGGUGCUGCCCUGUCGUGUGUCCCCAGCCCUGAAUUUGGAGAGCAUGGAGCUGAGGUGGUUCCGCUCCCAGUUCUCCGAGGCUGUGUAUGUGUAUAGGAAUGGAAUGGAGCAGGCUGGAGAGCAGCUGGUAGAUUUCAAGGGGAGAGCAGAGCUGGUGAAAGAUUACAUCACUGAGGGAAGAGUAGCUGUGAGAAUCUACAGUCUCCGGAUCUCAGACAAUGGAAUGUACAAGUGUUUUUUUAAAAAAGACAGUGACUUUGAAGUAGCCACUUUGGAGCUGAAGGUGAUUGGUCUGGGUUCUGGUCCUCAUGUUUUCAUGGUAGGUCCAGAAGAUAAAGGAAUAAGGCUGACAUGCAGAGGCAAGGGAUGGUUUCCUCAGCCUGAGGUACAAUGGACAGAUGCAAGGGGAGAGAAGAUACCAUCUCUCUCUGAGGACGAGACCCAAGAUGAUGAUGGGUUGUUUCAAAUAGAGGCAUCCCUCAUUGUGAGAGACAGUUCAAAGACAGAAGUAUCCUGCUCCAUGAAGAACCCUUUCUUUGGACAAGGACAGGUGGAAACCAUUUCUAUUCCAGAAUCCUUCUUCCCUAGGACCUCUCCUUGGAAGAUAGCAUUUGCUGGGACUUUCCUCAUACUUGGGGGUUUUGUGGUUGCUGUUAUGUUUUUGGCCUGGAAACAACAACAGGAGAAGAGAAGAGUACGGGAAGUCCAGAAGGAAAGAAAGGAAGAAAGCAAAGCCAAAGAACUGCUUGAAAAAGAGCUUGUCAAAAGGAAGCAAUUGUAUCAGCAAGACUGGAGAAAAGCAAAAUUAUAUGCUGACUGGAGAAAGGAACAAUUCAAAGUAGCUGCUAUUACUCUGGAUCCAGAGAGCGCUCAUCCCAAUCUCAUCCUAUCUGAGAAUAGAAAACAAGUUUCUUUAACGGAAAAUGUUCCUCAGAACUGUGAUGCUUCAGUAUACCAAGGGCAAGAGGAAUGUGAAGCCGUCUUCAGUGUUCUGGGCCGGAAUUGCUUUAACACAGGAAGACAUUACUGGGAGGUACAAGUCAAUAUGGGGACAGUAGCUGGACCUGUAAAUAAAUGGGCUGUGGGUGUUUGCUCAAAUACAGUAAGAAGAGAGGGGUGGUUUGUAGAAGGUCCAGAGAAGAAUAUCUGGGCGGUAGCAUAUGAGAAAGGAGAAGUCAAGUUUCCUACCUCCCCAGAGUCUCUGUCACUGAAGCAGCAUCCUCAAAGGAUAGGAGUUUUCUUGGACUGGGAAGAUGGAGAUGUGUCAUUUUACAACAUGGUUGAUGGGUCCCACAUCUGUUCCUUUACUGGACUUACCUUCUAUGGGACCCUCUGUCCUUAUUUUAGCCUUCGGGGCACUGGCACAUCUGUGACCAUCUGCUCAGGUUUAGAUUACACUGAAAAUUGUCCUGAUUCUUCUCCAAAUACCUCUGUAACUCAUUUAAAGAGUUGUGAUACAGGUGCCCCCCAAGAAGCUAAGCCUCUAUUACUUCCAUAA